AAAUGUAUAACAACCACUAAAGUCAUCAAAAAUUCACUGAAAUCAAACAAUUUACCUCAAAUCUUGCUUGGACGGGUCCAGUUUGACACGUCAUGACAUCUCUUCUAUUUGCUAAAACUUGAUUACUUGUGUAUAUACAUUUACACAAUUUAAAAUGUGUACUUUUUUUUUUACUUGAAGCUAUUCUGGGUCCAAUUUGGAACUUUGAGAGCAGUAAAACACCCACAAUUUGCUUUUCAUGCUUUUGUUAGCCUGAAAUUUCACGACUUUUACUAAAGUGACCAGAAAUUCACAAAAUCUAAUACUUUUUGAGAAGAUACCUCACAUUUUUGUACAUUAGAGCUUAGGCAGGUCAACUUUGACAUGUCCUGGUGAAAUCCCUUCAAUAGCUAAAAUUUGAUUACUUUUUCACAAAUGCAUUUAUGAAAUUUAAAAUGUGUACUAUUGAUUUUUCUUUUUUUCAUCAAAGCUGUUCUGGGUCUAAUUUGACAGCAGUAAUAUACCCUAAAUGUCCCUUUGUUAGCCUGAAAUGCCCUGACUUUUACUAAAGUGACCAAAAAAAUCUUAAAUUAGUGCCACAAAUGUGUGUACAUUGACGUUGUUCUGGCUCAAAUUUGGCUCAAAUUCUCAUUUAAAAAGAUUUUAGAUCCAACACGUGGUGGUUUCCAGGAAAUUUGAACCUUCAGAAUAUCAGCAUUAAAGGGUCAAAAGGACAGACUGAGUGAUUUUCCUGGUGCUUCACUCAGUGUUACAGUAUGAGCAGACUCACAGUUUGCAUGUCAAACAGACCAGCACGCUCUCAGUUGACCAGCCUCGUCCAUUGAUUUCCUUUUAAUGGAACAGUAGCUGCGAGGAAUAACUGAGAUUAGACUCGGAGUGUAGGUGCAUCCAUGUAUAAAAAUCGGACGUGUCGCAUUGAUCAGAUGGAUGCCCCAUAUGAAAUUUGGAUGGUGACAUUUUUUUACAUAAAAACAUUGCAUUGAUAAAAUAAAAAAAUAUAUAAGAAUUAUGAUUGUGUUUUGGAGAUUUAAGAGUAGAAACAUUAAAAAUUAUGAUACUCUCACAUUGUUUUUCUCAAGCAUCAUCAGUACUUAAUGUAAAAUGAACCAGACCAUAAACUCAAAAUAUGAAUCCUAUAAAGAUGUGUGUUCCACCAACUAAAGUUACAGUGUGUAAAACUUAAAAGGACUUAAGUAGCAUGAACUCAACAGAUGUUGGGUAUGUCCACUGUGGGCUACUGUAGAAACAUGGUGGUCCAAAAUGGCCGCUGAUAUAAAUAUUUAAAGACUUGUUAUGAGGUAACGGACAAAAACAAGAAUUUAUAUAUUUGGACACAAAAUAAACCAUUGUUAUUUUAUAUUAAAUCUCUGCCAAAUUAUAUAUAAGUUGACUAAAAAUUGUUAUACACUGGACCUUUUAAACCAUCAAAAAAGUGUGGGGUCCUUUAGGUUCAACCAGGAAUAAACAACAAAUGAUUGAACGCGUUAGUUUCCGUUUCACCUCUAAUGACUGUGGCAGCUCUGCUCACUCACUCUGUUCAAACUGCUGCGAGGCAACGCAGCGUUUCCACUGUAUCGACGUGUGUGCUGUGUCUCUGGCUAUAAGUUGUGAACAACCAGAGGCUGGGGGGAUUCUUUGUGUUGGUCCGGUUUUCGGCAGAGACUGAAAAUCUCUGCCACUGUGAAAAUUUUUACCCUCCUUUUUUUUCCACAAAAGGAAAAAUGAUACAUUUGUUUUUUGUGGGACUGACCUGAACGGCAUUGGCGCCAAAAAUGCCUUUACUGUUUCAUCUCAUAUCCGAAAUAAAAGCACUGCUUCUGUAAAACAAAGAAAAUGGGAGACUGGAACUUCCUUGGUGGGAUCUUGGAGGAGGUGCACAUCCACUCCACCAUGGUGGGAAAGAUCUGGCUCACCAUCCUCUUCAUAUUCAGGAUGUUGGUGCUGGGCGUCGCCGCGGAGGACGUGUGGAACGACGAGCAGUCGGACUUCAUCUGCAACACCGAUCAACCCGGCUGCAGGAACGUCUGCUACGACCAGGCCUUCCCCAUCUCCCUCAUCAGGUACUGGGUGCUGCAGGUGAUCUUUGUCUCCUCGCCCUCGCUGGUGUACAUGGGCCACGCCAUCUACCAGCUGAGGGCGCUGGAGAAGGAGCGGCACUGCAAGAAGGGGGCCCUCCGUCGAGAGCUGGAGGCAGUGGACGUGGAGCUGUCGGAGGUGAGGAGACGGAUCGAGAAGGAGAUGAGGCAGCUAGAGCAGGGGAAGCUCAACAAGGCUCCUCUGAGAGGUUCUCUGUUGUGCACCUACAUGGCCCACAUUGUGACUCGCUCAGUGGUGGAGGUCAGCUUCAUGAUGGGCCAGUACCUCCUCUAUGGACACCACCUGAGUCCUCUUUACAAGUGUGAACGGGAGCCGUGUCCGAAUGUGGUGGACUGCUUUGUCUCCAGACCCACAGAGAAAAGCCUCUUCAUGAUGUUCAUGCAAGCCAUCGCCUCUAUCUCCCUCUUCCUCAGCCUCCUUGAGAUCAUGCACUUGGGCUACAAGAAGCUUAAGAAGGGCAUCCUGGACUACUACCCCCAUCUGAAGGACGACCUUGAUGAAUAUUACGUGAACAAGUCCAAGAAGAACUCAGUUGUCCAUCAGGGUUGCAUGGGCACCUCAGCGGGACGCAAGACUACAAUCCCCACAGCACCAAUUGGGUACACACUUCUGCUGGAGAAGCAGGGAAACGGGCCUAACUACCCUCUGCUCAAUGCCUCCUCUGCCUUCAUACCGAUACAAGGAGAUGCUGGCGCAAAACCAGACAACCACAAGGACAGCAAGGGGGAGGUGCUGUCGAGUCCCACAGAGCAGAACAGCAACUCAAACAACACCAGCAGUGAGACACGUUCACCUCCUGUCGACAAGCAGGAAGAACCAGAAGAACAAUCCUCUCCCCGCCAUGAGAACCUGGAGUGUGCACGUUCUGAGUAUCCCACCCUGCCUGUAGCAGAUGCCUCUUCCUGCGCUGCACUGACAGCAAUUGCGAGGAAGUCACGGAGGGUCAGUCCGCCAUGGCACUGCUCCACAGUGGUAGAGGGGAACGGUUCGGACAGUGGCGACUCCUACCACGGGGUGAGCAGCAGCAUGAAGCUCCGCGGCGGCUGUGUUGGCCCCAGAGCGAGGGUGCUGUCAAAGUCGGACAUGAAGAGACCAAGCAGGUCUCAGAGUCCAGACUCAGUGGGGGAACUGAGUUCUGUGUCUCGGCACAGUCGCGAGAGCAACAGCCCCGUCGCCUCCUCUCCUCCGAACCGCAGAGUGUCAGCGGCGAGCACGACCAGCAGCAGCAGACGAGCUCCCACUGACCUGCAGAUAUAAACACGCUAGGUGCUUCUCAAAGGCCUUGUUUAGACUGCAGUCCAGAUUGGAUUUUUAAGCACAUCCAGAUUGUAUCUAUAGAUAGAUUAUUUUGCCAGUCUGAGCGGACACAAGAUCCGAUUUUUACAAAGCCGAUUUAAACCAGAUAGGGAGUCGGUUGCGAAUGCAAUUCUGAUUGGCUUUUUACAGAUCCAUUUCAAUCUGAAUGUCUCAGCUGUUCAGAUAGGAUUUCAAAGUGUCUUCUGCGUCACUCCCAGCGUGACUCUAACAAAAACAACAACAAUGUAGAUCAAGAGAGACAGAAAUUAAUUCAUUGGAGCCGUAUUAAACAAAAACACAGUGGAAGACAAUUGUUUAAAAAUCAGAAGAAAGUGUGCGCCAUGUUUUUUUUGCAUAAUGUCUGUGGGUUUUGUCAAAGCUUGCGUCAAAAUUCUGGUCGAAGACGAAGAAGAAGCCCAGUUGGUUUUAGUAGUUCCUGCUUUGAUCUUCAAUUUUAGCAGGCACUAAUGAACAUAAACGGCUCACACACUGCAUGGCUUUAAUGUCAAUAGCAGCUUCAUCAAUUAAUGACAUGCACAUGCUAGCCACUUCCAUUUACACGUUACCAGGAGUUGACAUUACUACAGCUUAAAUGUAAGCUGAAAAAAUGUCACUGAAACAAGGUGGUUAAAACCACAGCACUCUGUCUCUUUUUCCCAGGUCGUUUCCACGUGGACCUUUAAUGAUUUGCUGUUUGUCUGGAACAGAUGUGUGAAUGGAAAAAAACACAAAUCUAUAAUGUUGUUUCACACUGUUACGCAACCCGAUACUUUUAAAUCAGUCACAAAUGGAUUAAUGCAGCUACUGUUUAACAAAAAAAAACCAUUGCAUGAAAACAGUCAAAAAUAUAUCUCUGUUUUACUUCUUUCAUCAAGGGCUGAGUGAUAUGAGUUUAUCAUAAUAAAAAAACUGUGGUAGAAAUGUUGUAGAAACCAAUUAAUUGUAGUUUUAAAAUUAUU